GUGCGCAUGCGCAACUGUAAAAGCCGCUAGGUCUGUCCCUGGCGCCCGAUUAGAAUAUUUCAUUCCAGUUGGAGCGUUUUUUCCUCACCCUUAAUAUAUUUCUGGUACAUGCCCACAGAUUUUAAUUUCUGAGAGGCACAAAUUCCUCUCAGACGCAUUCAAAUUGACCGAGUAGUCUUAUAAGGUGCCUUUUGCCUCACUGUAAAUCCUCAGUAAAGUUUGCAGUUUAGGAUGUGACGUAAUUUUUACGUAAAACUAACAACUUAUUCCACCUGAAAGGAACCACGACGGGAGUAGAAAUCCGAGUUUCAUUUCAUCCGGGCACUUCAGUAGUUACCUCUUAUUUGGGGGAGGUGCCGCGUGUGGACCCGAUGGACCCCGGCGACGCCGCCAUUUUGGAGUUUUCCCUCAGGAUCCUCUACCGGCUUUUCUAGUCACUGCUGCCGCCGUUGCCCGCGGCCUUGCAGGGCAGGAUGAAUGUGAUAGACCACGUGCGGGACAUGGCGGCCGCGGGGCUGCACUCCAACGUGCGGCUCCUCAGCAGCUUGUUACUUACAAUGAGUAAUAACAACCCUGAGUUAUUCUCCCCAUCUCAGAAGUACCAGCUUUUGGUGUAUCAUGCAGAUUCUCUCUUUCAUGAUAAGGAAUAUCGGAAUGCUGUGAGUAAGUAUACCAUGGCUUUACAGCAGAAAAAAGCCCUAAGUAAAACUUCAAAAGUGAGACCUUCAACUGGAAAUUCUGCAUCUACUCCGCAAAGUCAGUGUCUUCCAUCUGAAAUUGAAGUGAAAUACAAAAUGGCUGAAUGUUAUACAAUGCUAAAACAAGAUAAAGAUGCCAUUGCUAUACUUGAUGGGAUCCCUUCAAGACAAAGAACUCCCAAAAUAAACAUGAUGCUGGCAAAUCUGUACAAGAAGGCUGGUCAGGAGCGCCCUUCAGUCACCAGCUAUAAGGAGGUGCUGAGGCAGUGCCCGUUAGCCCUUGAUGCCAUUCUAGGCUUGCUGUCCCUUUCUGUAAAAGGGGCAGAGGUGGCAUCCAUGACAAUGAAUGUGAUCCAAACCGUGCCUAACUUGGACUGGCUCUCUGUGUGGAUAAAAGCAUAUGCUUUUGUGCAUACCGGUGACAACUCAAGAGCAAUCAAUACCAUCUGUUCACUAGAGAAAAAGUCCUUAUUGCGAGAUAACGUGGACCUACUGGGAAGCUUAGCAGAUCUGUACUUCAGAGCUGGAGACAAUAAAAACUCUGUCCUCAAGUUUGAACAGGCACAGAUGUUGGAUCCUUAUCUGAUAAAAGGAAUGGAUGUAUAUGGCUACCUCUUGGCACGAGAAGGGCGGCUAGAAGAUGUGGAGAACCUUGGAUGCCGCCUUUUCAAUAUCUCUGAUCAGCAUGCAGAACCAUGGGUGGUCUCUGGUUGUCACAGCUUCUAUAGCAAACGCUACUCCCGGGCCCUCUAUUUGGGAGCCAAGGCCAUUCAGCUGAACAGUAACAGUGUUCAAGCUUUGCUACUUAAGGGAGCAGCACUUAGGAACAUGGGCAGAGUCCAGGAAGCAAUAAUCCAUUUUCGAGAGGCCAUACGGCUUGCACCUUGUCGCUUAGAUUGUUAUGAAGGUCUCAUAGAAUGUUACUUAGCCUCCAACAGUAUUCGAGAAGCAAUGGUAAUGGCUAACAACGUUUACAAAACUCUGGGAGCAAAUGCACAGACCCUUACCCUUUUAGCCACUGUUUGUCUUGAAGACCCAGUGACACAGGAGAAAGCCAAAACAUUAUUAGAUAAAGCCCUGACCCAAAGGCCAGAUUACAUUAAGGCUGUGGUGAAAAAAGCAGAACUACUUAGUAGAGAACAGAAAUACGAAGAUGGAAUUGCUUUGCUGAGGAACGCACUGGCUAAUCAGAGCGACUGUGUCCUGCAUCGGAUCCUAGGAGAUUUCCUUGUAGCUGUCAAUGAGUAUCAGGAGGCAAUGGACCAGUAUAGUAUAGCACUAAGUUUGGACCCCAAUGACCAGAAGUCUCUAGAGGGGAUGCAGAAGAUGGAGAAGGAGGAGAGUCCCACGGAUGCCACUCAGGAGGAGGAUGUGGACGACAUGGAAGGGAGUGGGGAAGAAGGGGACCUGGAGGGCAGCGACAGUGAGGCGGCCCAGUGGGCUGACCAGGAGCAGUGGUUCGGCAUGCAGUGAGGGGGCGGCAGCUCCGUGGCCGCACUGGCCUGCCCUGCUCUGAGCACUUCCGUGGACUGAAGGAACCGUAGGAGCCUGCUCUCAGGAGGACAAUGAUUCAGCAUGUGAUUGCAGCAGGGGUCUCUGUCCCCUUGCUCCUGAUUCCUAGUUGUGACUUCAUUUCUAAAACAGAGCCUGACCAACCUUCCAUGUAUCUCCAUCCUCCCCUGCUCCGGCCAGGGAGGACUGAGGGAGUGCCCCGAGACACACACACAUGUUGGGGCUUCUGGGCCAAGAGUACUUUUUAUAUAACUAAUUUCUAAACCCAAAAACUCAAGGAAUAGACAGUGUUCUGUCAGUGAUGUGGAUGGGUUUGAAGGAGUGACCCACCAUCCCAGCACGAUAGUGUCACCUCCCAAGUCAGACGGCAGCACGAUCUGGCCCUAGAGGGCUUCCUGUUCCCAGAAGUCACUGUCCUGGGCUAUCCAGACAUCCCUAGUAAUCUUGCUUCCUUCUGCAAUGUUAGUAAUGCCUUAAGCUGACAGUUGCCAUUUUGCAGAACAGUUUUCCUCUUUGCUUAGCUGGUAACUUGCCUCUGAGCCUGGGCUGAUGUGAGAAACAGGUGUGAGAGCAUGAACAGAGGUGCACCUGGAGCAGUUCCCUAAUAAAACUGGUUUGUACAG